GCGCUCACAGGCUGGGCUGCUGCUAUGUCUCCUCGGCAGCAGGUCAUCCGUGUCGGCAUCGUCGGGUGCGGCGAGGUCGCCCAGACGACCCACCUCCCGACUCUCGCCCUCCUCAACCACCUCUACUCGGUGCACGCGCUGUGUGACGUCUCGCCAGGGUUCCUCGGCCAUUGUGCCGCCAAGUUCGGCAUCAGCAGGACCUACAGCGACUACCGCGACCUCGUCAACGACCCCGAGGUCGACCUCGUCAUGAUCCUCACUGCCGACGAGUACCAUGCAUCCAUCGCUGUCGCGGCGAGCGACGCCGGCAAGGCCGUCUUCAUCGAGAAGCCGAUGGCGCUCACCGCCGACGAUGCCGACCUGAUCAUCGACGCCGAGAAGCGGAACCAGACGUGCAUGUUCGUCGGCUACAUGCGCCGCUACGCUGCGGCGUACGAGCGCAUGAAGGAGGAGGUCGCGAGCAUCGGCGACAUUCGCUACGCCACCGUGCGCGACAUCAUCGGGUCCAAUCACCUCUUUGUCUCGGAGAGCGGCACAUUUCCCGCCACGUUCGGCGACUUUCCUGCCGACGCCAACGACGACCGCGUCGCACGCGGUCGGGCCAUCGCGCAACAGGCGCUGUCGCCGGCACAAGCUUCGAACGCUCGCGACGUGUCGACCUACCGGCUCCUUGGCAGCCUUGGCUCGCACGACCUGUCGGCCAUGCGCGAGCUACUCGGCAUGCCCAAGCGCUGCAUCGCCGCGAGUCGGGCCCAGGGCGACGGCCCGCCGUUCAUCAUAGCGCUGUUCGAGUUUCAUGGCUUCACGUGCACGUACGAGACGGGCAUCGACGACGUCGCCGACUUUGACGCCCACAUCGAGGUCAUUGGGCAGCACAAGCGCGUCAAGAUCAAGUACGACACGCCGUACGUCAAGGGCCUUCCUAUCUGCGUCGAGGUCAAGGAGCGCGACUCGACGGGCGCGUACGUCGAGCGCACGAUCCGCCCGACGUACAAGGACGCCUACACGCUCGAGCUCGAGAGCCUGCACGCCUCGUUGACGCAGGGCGCGCCGGUCAAGACGACGCCGAGCGAUGCGAAGGAGGACUUGAGCAUCUUUGCGAUGGUGAUGGGGGCGCUCGUCAAUUGAAGAGUGCUACAGUACG